GGCGCAGUGCGACUCCGGAGGCGCGGGCCGCCCCCUCCGCGGGUUUGGAUCCGGGUCAGUCAGGCGCCGCGAUCGGAGUGAGACGGUCUGAACUGCCGGGACUGGACCCCGGAGCGCCUCAGCUGUGAGUAUUAACGGGAACAUCCAUAGUAGUGUAAAACCUUUCACAAUGAAAUCCGAAGCCAAGGAUGGAGAGGAGGACAGUCUACAAACUGCUUUCAAGAAAUUAAGAGUGGAUGCAUCAGGGUCCAUAGCAUCUCUGCCUGUUGGAGAAGGUGCAGGUGUCAGAGCAUCAGUCAGAACAGCAGCAGAUGAUACCAAACCUAAAACCACAUGUGCAUCAAAAGACAGUUGGCAUGGGUCUACAAGGAAGUCUUCACGAGGAGCAGUGAGAACCCAGCGUCGUCGACGUUCUAAAUCUCCUGUCCUUCAUCCUCCAAAGUUUAUACAUUGCAGUACAAUAGCUUCUUCUUCCAGCAGCCAGCUCAAGCACAAAAGCCAGACUGACUCCCCUGAUGGCAGCAGUGGGCUGGGAAUUUCAACCCCUAAAGAGUUCAAUGCAGGAGAAUGCUCUACUUCCCUCAAUACUAAUCACACAGGGGCAGUUGUUGAGCCUUUGAGAACUUCGGUUCCAAGGCUCCCAUCAGAGAGGAAGAAGGAAGACUCCUCUGAUGCUACACAAGUCUCCCAAGAAAGUCUCAAGGCCAAUGAUCUCUCUGACUUUCAAUCCGUUUCCAAGCUACACCAGGGCAAGCCAUGUGCAUGCAUAGGCAAGGAGUGCCAGUGUAAGAGAUGGCAUGAUAUGGAAGUGUAUUCCUUUUCAGGGCUGCAGAAUGUUCCUCCCUUGGCCCCAGAACGAAGACCCAUGCUUGAGGACUACUCUCAGUCGCUUCACACCAGAACUCUGUCUGGCUCCCCCCGCUCCUGUUCUGAGCAAGCUCGAGUCUAUGUGGAUGAUGUGACCAUUGAGGACCUGUCGGGCUACAUGGAAUAUUACUUGUAUAUUCCCAAGAAAAUGUCUCACAUGGCAGAAAUGAUGUACACCUGAUAGCAAGAAGCUAAUUAAUAUGCUUUAAGCCAAUGAAGGGUUGUCGGAGAGAUUGAGCUAAUGGCAGACCUUGUGGCCACUUUGUGUGAGAAGACAUCUCCUUCUGCUCACUGUGCUUGCAAUAAAAACUUUUCUUGGCAUCUCAGUUAAUCUUCAUUCUUUAAACUUAUCCUGUGAGUUCUUAGAUACCCACCAAGGCAAGCAGAUCAAAGAAGUAUCCCUCUCAUUUAGAAAUGUUCUUGGGGGAUGAAGAAACCGUAACUACUUGACUGGUGGCUGUGGAUAUAUGGUAAAAGCCUUUGUAAAACAGUGCGUUUUUCAGAUCUGUUUAAGAUUUGGUGGCCAAGGAGACUGAAAUGUGGUUUUGUAACUGGACUGAACAUUUGUCAUGCUGUAGUUGCCAGCCCAGAAUAUUAGAAGUUAUAUGACUGAUUUAAACCAUCUCUGAUUUAACGCAAGAUUUAUUGUGUCUUUAAAGGUUUCUUAUGUGAUUGUUAAGCCAGAGAUCUAAGGUUUAGAUUCAAUAUGAAUAAACUAGCUGGCUUGC